AUGGCUGAAAUCGCUGUUACUGCCGUCAUCACUGUGCUAUGUGAGAAACUGACCUCCGGUGAUCUGAUGAAGCUAGCUCGAUCGGAGGGAAUCGAUUCUCAGCUGAACAAAUGGAAGAAUACCUUGCCUCUGAUUCAAGCCGUGCUUGCUGAUGCAAGUCAGAAGCACAUAACAGACAGAGCUGUUCGCUUGUGGCUGAACAAUCUCCAGAAUUUGGCUUACUCAAUAGACGAUCUACUCGAUGAUUUGGCCAUGGAAUCUCUGCGACGCAAGUUGAAUAAGAAAUCUCAUGCAAGCACAAGCACUAGUAAGGCACUGAAGAUCGUCCCAACUUGUUGUACUAAUUUCACUCCUAGAAACGUUAUGUAUGGUCAGAAGAUGAGUUCUAAGCUAGAUGAGUUCACCACCAAAUUGCGUGAUCUUGUUGACCAAAGGAAUGAUUUGGGUUUGAAUGUGAAUGUUGAAAGGUCAAAUAUAACAGAGAGACGGUUGGAGCAAACUUCACUGGUUGAUGAGUCCAAAAUCAUGGGUCGGGAAGGGGAUAAAGAGGCCUUGAUGGGGAAAUUGUUGGGAAAUGAAGGAUGUGACCAGAAUGUGAGCAUAGUGUCGAUAGUUGGAAUGGGUGGAAUAGGAAAAACCACUCUUGCCAAGGUUUUAUACAACCAGGAGAACGUGAAAGAUCACUUUGAACUAAAGGCAUGGGUUUGUGUCUCUGAAGUGUGUGAUGUGUUCAAUAUCAGCAAGUGUAUUUUCGGAGCUGUAGGUGGGGAGAACAAAAGCUUUUCAAAUCUGGAUCUGCUUCAUGUAGCCCUGAAAGAAAAACUUUCAAAUAAGAGGUUCUUACUUGUUCUAGACGAUGUCUGGAAUGAAGACCACAAUAAGUGGGAACUCCUCCAAAGCCCUCUUCUUGUAGGGGCACCUGGAAGUAGAAUUAUUGUCACAACCCGGAGUACCAUGGUUGCAUCAGUGAUGGACUCAAAAGAAAUUUAUGGGCUGGACGUUUUGUCAAAUGAAGAUGGUUUAUCAUUAUUUGCUCAACAUGCGUUAGGUGAAAACAGCUUUGAUCAACAUCCAACACUUAAGUUGCUUGGUGAAGGUAUGGUUCAGAAAUGUGGUAGAUUGCCUCUGGCUUUGAAAGCACUUGGGAGGGUCUUGAAGGGAAAUAGGAAUGGUGAUAAAUGGGAGAAGUUGUUGAAGAGUGAUAUUUGGGAUAUAAAGGAUGGAAGUGAGAUUCUUCCCGCUCUAAGAAUAAGCUACUAUCAUCUCCCUCCACAUUUGAAGCAGUUGUUUGCAUACUGCUCUUUAAUUCCCAAGGACUACGUGUUUGACAAGAAUAAAUUAGUUCUUUUGUGGGUGGGAGAAGGAUUUUUGUCCCACUCAAAAGGAAACAAGUCAAUGGAGGGUUUAGGUCAUGAGUAUUUUGAAGAGCUAGAGUCAAGGUCCUUUUUUCAACAUUCAACGAAUGACGAGUUAGGAUAUACAAUGCACGACCUAAUAAAUGACUUGGCCACAAGUGUUGCAGGAGAGUUUUCCUUUAGGAUGGUGAAUGACAUGGAUGUAUCCGACACAAAUGAAACUUUUGAUAAGUUUCGUCACUUUUCACUUAUAGCUUCACCAUCAGGAUCAUAUAGAAAGCUUAAUGAAUUACAAAGAGCUAAACACUUGAGGACUUUCUUAAUAAUGUCACUUAGACAGGAAAUUGACGGCUUUGACAAAAUCCUUGUGGAAUUACUUCCUGAACUGCGGUUCCUGAGGGUGCUAAGUGUCGUGGGCUUGAAUCCUAACCGUUACAAUUACUCAGGAGCUUAUUGGAUAAUCACAAAGGUUCCACAAUCCAUUGGCAGUCUCAAGCAUCUACGGUACCUUAAUUUUUCUUAUACUAAAAUCACAUGUUUGCCGGAACAAGCGAGUGACCUUUAUAAUCUACAGACCUUGUUGCUUCAUAAUUGUCAUCAGUUAUCUAGCUUGCCUAAGAGUUUUGAAAAGUUAAUAAACCUGCGGCAUCUUGAUGUAAAUGACACUCCGAAAUUGAACAAGAUGCCCUUAGGGAUCGGUCGGUUGACGGGUCUACAAACUCUAUCCAAGGUCUUUAUUGAAGAAGGUAACGGGUUCAAAGUAUCCGACCUUAAGGGUCUAACAGAUCUUCAAGGCCGGCUUUCCAUUAUGGGUCUAGACAAAGUGAUAAAUCCAUUAGAAGCAAAGGAUGCCAACUUACAUCAAAAGAAGGGUCUUGAAGUUUUGGAGAUGAAAUGGAGUGAUAAUGUGUUUGAUGAUUCUCGGGAUGAGACGAUUGAAUAUGAAGUACUUGAAGAACUAAGGCCUCCUCCUAAGUUAAAAAACCUCAUGAUUUUGAAUAACAAGGGAACGAGAUUUCCUAGUUGGGUCGGUGAUCCUUCGUUUGAUCAGUUAACAAAGCUUAGGUUGUGUUGCUGUAAAAGUACACAUCUAACAACACUUGGACAUCUACGAUCUCUUAAGGAAUUAUUUGUUAAAGGUAUGAAUGAGGUGAAAACGGUGGGUUUUGAGUUUUUUGCACCUACAAAUUAUUUUCUUGGCAUUGCAUUUCCAUCUCUUGAAGUUCUGGAAUUUCAAGAUAUGCAAGGUUGGCAGAGAUGGUCGAUUAAUAGUGGCAACAGGCAUGUAAGUCCUAGAUCAUUUCCUCGUCUUCAUGAGAUCUCUAUAAACAGUUGUCCAAAACUAUCUCAAGUGUCAAUCGGAUCGAUACCUUCACUUCGAGUUUUAUAUAUAAGAAAUUGUUCCAAAGCAAUGUUAAGAAGCAUGGUUGGUUUAUCCUCAUCACUUUCUAAAUUUGAAAUGUCUAAGGUUAAGGGACUUACUCAACUACAUGGAGAACAUUUAAUGCAUUUUGGGUCACUUGAACAUCUAUAUAUCAGCAGUUGUGAUGAACUGAGAUACUUGUGGGAACGAGAAUCAGAGGCAUGCAAGAGUCUUGUGAGUUUACAGAAGUUGGAGGUAUGGAAUUGUAAAAAGUUGGUUUCAUCAGCCGAGAAAGAGGUUAAUUAUGGGAUUAGCAUGGAAUCUCUUAAACAAGUGAAUUUCAGUUAUUGUGACUCACUGGAGAGUUACAAUUGUUCAAAUACAGUUGAGAGGUUGGAUGUAUGGUUUUGUGGUUCACUGAUAUCAUUGACCUUCUCAACUGUGCAGGAGCACCCAUCCUCUGUCCCCAUGUCUUGCCUAACAUAUCUUUUCAUCAAUAAUUGCAAAAAUCUAAAGUCAUUUCCUCAUGAACAUUUUCAAAGUCUCACGUCUUUGGAAGAAAUGCUGAUAACUGAAUGUCCAAGUAUGGACUAUUCCUUCCCUUGUGGGGUGUGGCCUCCUAAUUUAAGGAAACUAAGGAUAGGAUGCUUAAAUAAGCCCAUGUCAGACUGGGGCCCGCAGAAUUUUCCAACCUCGCUAGUUCAACUAUACUUAAAGGGCGAAAAUUCAGGAGUGGUUUCAUUUGCAGUGGCAGACGAUGUGAGGAAUAAUAGUACUACUCCAUCAUCAUCAUCAUCAUCAUCAUCAUCAUCUUUUCUUCUUCCACCAUCUCUGGUUUCUCUAUCACUCGAUGGUUUUAAGGAUGUGGAAUCAUUUUCAGAGGUCUUACAAUAUCUCCCCUGCCUUAAAAGUCUUCAUCUUAUCUCAUGCCCAAAGAUUAGAGAUCUUGUCACAACUUCCAACCCAUCAAAUCUGAGAAUAAAUGUGGUGAAGUAG